AUGAUUCAGAAUAUGACAAUUUAGGAACAUUUGUUUUCGCAAUUCGCAAUUUUGCUUUUGCAUUGUUUCGGUGUCGUAUCCUUUGUAUCGCGUGGACAAUUUUCAAGGAGAUUCAAUAUUUUGAUUACCAAUGUAUGUAGCGCAAGAGGGUUUAAAAAAUGCUCGGCCAAUUUGAAAAUAUCGGUGCGUUCAUACGUGACUGCAAUGGUACAAAAUUGCAAUACGACCAAGCUUGUUUGGAAAUAAUUACUAAUGAAAAGAUCAGUUUUUGGAGUCAAUAUGAGGAAUGCGAGGAUUGUAUGUUAUUGGAGACUGUCAAGUUGCCGAAGACCGGUGCGGUCGUCCUUGAUACCAUAAGCCCUUUGCGCUAUGCCAUCCGAAACGGUGUCGGGGAAAUUUGCAAUGGCACCUACGAGUUUGACGAAUUUGGCCAGUACUCCAUCAAUGUCACUGAAGUUGUCAAAGACAAUUGCCAGCCCCGGAUGAAAGCUGAACCUGAUGCGGCCUUCUUGCCAAUACUUACGGCAGUUGUGGUGCUUUUAUCUAUGGCCACACUGUGGUAUAUUGUGAAGGGCAUCGGUAAAAGGGUGGUGGCUGGACGGUUGUAUGCUAGAUAUUUUGCAAGAGAGGACAAUGAACUCGGGUCCGAGACACGCGUGCUGACAACAGAAGCGAGCGUGCCGCGCUCGCCGACACGCUCGCGUCUCCGCUCCCUUGACAUAUUUAGGGGAUUCUCUAUCGCUCUUAUGAUAUUCGUAAACGCCGGCGGCGGUGGUUACCGCAUAUUCUCCCACUCAGCGUGGAACGGUCUCACGGUGGCAGACGUGGUGUUCCCAUGGUUCGCUUUCGCGAUGGGCGAAGCCCUAGUGCUCUCACUCAACGCUAGACUGAGGACUUCGCUGCCGAGGAUCAGUGCGUUGAAACAGGUGGCCCAGCGCUCACUCCUAAUGUCUCUGAUCGGCAUCUGCCUCAGUUCAGUGAAUGUAUCGUGGAUGAAUGUCCGUCUGCCCGGAGUGCUGCAACGGCUGGCCGCUAUGUACUUCAUAGUGGGUGCUCUAGAGUGCGCGUUCAUGAGGACCAGCCAGAAUAUUACACCAGGUCGUUCUCUGUUCCGCGAUAUAGCAGCCGGGUGGCAGCAAUGGCUCGCAACACUGUUGCUUGUUGCUAUUCAUAUAUGCAUAACACUAACGGUAGCAGCGCCAGGAUGUCCCCGAGGUUACCAAGGCCCUGGGGGUCUCCAUCGCACAGCUCUUGGAGACUUUUCCCUGCAGAACUGCACUGCUGGUAUCGCUGGAUAUAUUGACAGAAUGAUCCUCGGCGCAUCACACUUGUACCAAAGGGGCAGUUUCCGCAAGUUGUACCACACUACAGUACCCCACGACCCUGAAGGUCUACUGGGCAUCCUGUCUGGAGUACUGGUGGUGCAGGCUGGCGCUCAUGCCACCAGGGUCAUGCUGGUGUAUAACCAUGCCAGAGCACGAAUAAUGCGCUGGAUAUUCUGGUCCCUUAUAUUCGGUGUGUCCGGUGGAGCCCUAUGCAUGUUCACCAAGAACGGUGGGCCCAUACCGAUCAAUAAGAACCUCUGGUCAGUUUCCUACUGCCUGGUGACAGCGGGUAUGGCGUUCUUCAUACAAGCCGUGCUGUACUUCCUCGUGGAUUUGAAGACCAAGUGGGGUGGACGGCCUUUGUACUAUGCUGGACAAAACGCGCUAUUCCUCUACAUUGGCAGCGAGCUACUAAAACGUCACUUUCCACUGUACUGGCACGUGCCAGCGCCGACACACAGCCAGUUACUGGCCACACACGCGGCGGCCAUGUUGAUGUGGCUGGCCGUAGGUGUUGCCCUGCAUAGGAAACGGAUCUUUAUCACCCUAUAAAUAUGGUCGAAAUUCGUUUGGAUAUUUGAAUGGGAUAAAUACGUUCGAAUUUAUUUUCCUUUAGAUAUAUAUUGACUUACCACAAAAAAGUUUAGACAGGGUUUAACUUUAAGCGCGGCAUCUCUUUAAUCUGGUUUUGUCGUAUUUCACAUAGACAACUGUUAAAGUGACAGAUCCCUGGUUUAAAGUUAGACUGUGUUUAUAUUGUUUUGUGGUCAGACCAAUUAAGUUCUUCUUUUGGUCAUUUGUUCGUGAACUAAAGGGCAAUGUUUUUCUCUCUUUCGUUAAUCAACUUUUUAUAAAUGUCUAGUUAUUUGUUCUAGAAUUAUGACUUUCUCAGUCUUCUUUUUCUUAAGACAUCUGUAUUGUUAGUAAUGAAAGGCAUGUCACAUAAUAAUUUCAUUCCUACCAGAGAUUUAUUAGUUAUUUUCACCCAUGUAAGUAAAAUGUACAUGGCAACUCCGACUGUAAAAAGUUUGACGUUAAUGUGAUGACGUAAUGAUAGCAACACUGAUUUAAAAAAAGGCCACAUUCGUUAUCUAUAAAAUCGCGUUCUAUUGGAUUGGAGAAAAGAUCUGAUGGAAGAUUCGAGAAAUUUUAAUAUGAUGUUUGGAGAAGGCGUAUUUUAUCGAAUCAUUUUUGAAGUUUUAAGGUAGGUAUUUCAAUUUUUUUAAAUUUUUAAAGAUUUAUAUUGUAAAUUCACUAAUUUUCUUUAAUUACUUUUUUCUUUGAUUUUUGGAAUUUAACUAAAACCUACAGAACUCGCGAUUAAAUUAGGAUUUAACUAUAGACUACAACCGCGGCUGUAAUUAGCUGUAGUUCGUGCCACGUAUUGUGAUAUUAUUGGCGUUUAUACAAUUUAUAAAAUAAAUAUUACGUCCCUUUAACAUACUGAAAGAACACCAAAAUUUAAUCGAAGUAGAAAUAUACAGGGUGUCCCACUAUUGGUAUACUCAGCGCGAAGGGACUUGUAGUUUUGCAUACACUGAUCACGUAAAAAAUACUUAAACAACAAAAUUACGUCAAAAGUUUUUUGCUAAAUUUUUCCU